ACAUGAUGAUGAAUUUAUUAUUAAACAAGACCUCGGAAGACCAACACUUGCUUUUACAAGUCCAAAAAAAGAAGCUAUAAUUCAAGCUAUUCGCUCUUCUAAAGCCAGAUAUCAAAUAGCAAAACCCACAAAUAUUACUGAGAGAGUAAUUCGACCUAAUGAUGUCCCCGGUACAUUAUUAAAUAUGGCGCUCCUUAAUAUAGGUAGUGAAGAUCCAAACUUGAGGCUUGCAGCAUAUAAUUUGCUUGUAGCUUUGAGUCUCAUAUUUAAUUUUGACGUUGGUG